GAGCUUCGGCCGCUCCUCUCCCAUCCCGGUUGCAUGUACUCAUCCUUCUCCUGCAAAUCUAAUCUAAUCCCGGCCGAUACCCUAGCCAGAAGAAAUCUUCCGCCAUGAAAGCCGCCGCCAUUCCCAAGCCUCCUCCGCUGCCACCGUCGGCGACUACGACGCAGCCGUCGACCAAGGCGGCAUCCUCCUCCUCCUCCUCCGCCGCCGAUCCCAACCCCAAGCGCAUACUCCCCACUGAAGCUGACGCCGCGCACUCAACCCCCUCGCACCCUAAUCCAAACUCCAACAGCGCGCCCAACCUACCCCCCCUCCCCCGGUCCCCGCACGCCGCCCACUUCCAGCCGCCGCAGCCCCUGCCCCCGCCGCGCCCGCUGCUCACCGUCGCGGCGGUGGAGGCCGCCAUGGCCUCCAUUCCACCCCCGCUGCAGUAUGGUCUCGAGUGCCUCGACCGCCGGACCGUCGCGCUCUCCGACGGCACGGUUCGCACCUACUUCGCGUUGCCCCUCGAGCCUCCACCGCAACUCCGCGAGCCGCCGAUAUUCACUGCGCCCCACUUAGGCCCGCCCGGCCCGGGGUCUGGCCUUAACAGUUGGAUUCCGCCACCGAUGCACUCUGCACCUCCUCCCGGGUCGCCCCAGAAGCGCAAGCGGGAGGGUCAGAGCAAUGGUGGCGUCCCCGGUGAGUCCUCGGGCCGCCAACACCAACAACAUCAGAAACCAGAGGAGAGGCGUACUGCAAAGCAGAUCAAGGUCGAGACGCCAGAGCUGGAUGCGAAAACACUCGAAAGCUCCUUUCUUAAGAUGCUGAGGGUGAUCAACGAAAACACGGAGGUGAAGAAGAAUUACCGGGCCAAUGGACAGAUUUCCCAGCUGAAAUGCGUGGUCUGUAAUAGGUUUGUUCUUCAAUGCAAAAUCUUUGCCUGUUGAUUUAUCUUGCACAUGCUCUACCAACUGAGCAUAAUACCAGUUUAGUAUAGAUCAAAUUUCUGGAAGCGAUUCCAAUGGAUACAGCGUUAUUUAUUAGUAUUUGCUACCACUAGUUCUAGGAUAUUUGUAGCUAUCAAUGCAAUUUGUUCAUUUUUUUUGCGGGUGAAUGCAAUUUGUUCAUUAGCUGA